AUGACUUUACUUUAUUUAACAGAUGAUUGUUUUUAUUACAUUUUACAAUACCUUAAAAAUGAUUGUUCAACUUUAUUUACCUGCUUAUUAGUUAAUCGAUUUUGGUGUAAAACAACGAUUCCUUUUCUUUAUGCAAAUCCUUUUACAAAAAUAUCCAAAAAAAAUCACCUGAUAAUUUCAACCAUAAUUUUUUGCUUUAAUAAAGAAGAAAUUUUACAAUUGAAGAAACAAUUUAAUAAUAUUAAUAUUGAUGAAGAACAUAAACCUUUAUUUGAAUAUCUAAAAUAUUUGGAAGAUUAUAAUCACUUUGAAAUAGAUUCCACUAUUAUAAGUUAUUAUUCAGGUUUAUCAAUUUCUUGUAACAAAAUAUAUAAUGAUAUUAUUCCAAUAUUUCAUAAAUCAAUUUUACGUCAAAGUAAAAACAUUAAACAAUUAAGUAUUUCAUUAAAUUUAUUUUACAUGUAUAAACUAUGCGAAAACGGAAAAGAAAAUGUUGUGUAUAAAGAAAGUUUUAAAAAUUUUAAUAUUCAAAAUUUUAUUUCAAAUUUAACAAAAUUAAAUUCAUUAAGUUUUUAUUUAAAUGGUGCCAUUGAUAAUGAAAUUGAACAAGAAUUUUUAAGAUGCAUAGCAAAUUUUAGUUUAAAUUUGAGACGAUUAAUAAUUAAUCUUAAUCAAACAUCAGGAAGAUUAUUGGUUAAACCUACAUAUAAAUAUGAUACUACUAUUACUUGGGAAUAUCUUUAUAAAAUUAUUCAAGGGCAAAACAAACUCAAAAUAUUUAAGAUAUGGAAUUGUUAUUCUUUAUUAAAUAAUAUUCUUUCAUCCUUAGAAUUUCAAAAGCAUUCUUUAGUUCAUAUUGAAUUUAAAAACACUAACUUUAUUAAUGUUAAUUUAAAAAGUUUUAAUAAUUUAUAUAAUUUAGAAUAUUUAAAAUUUAAUCAUUGUGAAGGAAUAUUAUUAAAUCAAUGCGAGUUUUUAUCGUUUAAGCUUAAGGAAUUAUCAUUUAGAAGAAAUAUAUGGAAUGUUGAUGUUACAUCUUUAAUGAUCAAAUAUCUAGGUGCAUCAUUACAAAGAUUAAUAAUAAUUGAAAACCUUUCAAAUCAUUUUAUUGAAAAUAUAUCAAUGUAUUGUCCAAAUCUUAUUUUUUUAGAAUUAAAUAUUAUUACUUCUUAUAAUAUUAAUACUACAUUUUUUAUAAAUUUGGCAAAUAUUAAUGUUAGCAAAAUUACUAUUUAUAUUUAUCCUUAUGCUUCUAAUAGGUUUUUAAAAUUUAAGGAAUUUUUAGAAAAUUGUCAUAAUAGUUUUGAAAUGAUUAAUUUAAAUCAUACUAUUGAAUUAGAAUUUCUUAAAAUUGUUUUAAAUUAUAUUGAAAGAAGCAACAAUAAUAGUUUAAAAAUUUUUGGUAUGAUGAAUUUGGAUAAAGAAUUGAAUGAUGAGGAAUUAAAAUUAUUGAAUCAAAUUAAAGCUAAAGGAGUUAGAAUAAUGGAAUUUAAUAGUAUUCAUUGUUUAAAGACUAAGGGUUAUUAUAAUUAG